UUUUUUUGUUUUUAUUACCAGACAGAACAAGAGCUGCAUACUUUCAAUACUGACUUGGAAUAUUCAAAAUGGAGCACUUUCUGUAGAGCAGUUUGCAUUCUGCAACCACUUGAAAAGUUGACAUGGCAUCUCUGUUAUAAAAUAUCUGUUGUGACAUCUAUAAGGUAUAUCACUCUUGGCGCUUUUCAUUUUACUGAUUGAAAGUAUAUGAUUUAUACGUAAUGUGCCUUCUAAAGAACUAGCAAAAUUAUGAGUAUUACGUGUUGCAUCAAAACAUGUCCUGGCAACGAAAAUUUGUUCGCGUUUCCAACAGACGUAAAAUUCCGAAAACGCUGGCAGGAAGUUGUGAGGAUCGCUAAUGGAUUUGGUAACGAUUGGCAGGCAUCGGGUAAAGAACUAAUUUGCGAGUUACAUUUCGUCGAUGCAAAUGAAUCGGAAUAUCAGGAACCGUCAAUAUUUAUCAAUGGCCGAGGCAAGAAAGUUUUGCUUGCUAGCUGCCGGCUGUGUCAUCGGUUUGGGCUAGAAUCGCAAAUGUUUUCUCUGAAGGGACAGUUUGCGGGAAUGAGCUUCGAUACCGUGAUUCUUAACACACUGGGAAUCGCUAUCGAUCCGAAUGAUUUUCUACAGUUAAUUUGUCGGCCAUGUCUUGUUAAACUGGAUAUGGUUCGAGCGCUAAGGAAUCAGUUUCUACUGAAAGAAUCCCACUAUCGAUGUCUAGAGCAGGUAAAGAAACAGAUGAACCAAACAACCGAAGAGAUUGUUGAAGAGUUUAUCCUUGGCGAUGCCGACGAAUAUAAAGUUCACAACGAGAUCGAUGAGUUUGAGGAAAAACCGCAAAUCAAGUGGGAAGUGGAUGAAACAGAAAGCGAAAAAGAAGAACCAUUGCCACCUUUACCCAAGAAGGAAUAUGACAGCAUACGGAGCAAAGCAAAGAAAAAACCUAAACAAGAGCGAAUAUCGACAAUUAAUGCCAGAACUUGCUACAUUUGUUCCAUAAAGGUACGGUUCGAUGACUCGGAUGGGCUGAUCUCUCAUCUAGCGAAGGAUCACGCUGGACAGGUAGAAUAUUCCUGUGAGCAAUGCAGCGACCGUAAGUUCCCUUGGGUUCUAAUGUACAACCGGCAUCUUGGUUUGCACGAUGCUUCGGAGCGUCCUUUCCAGUGUGGCCACUGCACUCUACGGUAUUGCUCGAAAAAUACUGUUCUGAAACAUGAAUACGAUGCGCACGGCGUUGGUGUAAAGCCACCGAAACCGAAACCAGAUAGGCGUAAUGUAAACUUUAGGCAACAGUGCGAGCAGUGCGGAAAAAUAUUCAAUACGGCCAAAGAAGCCAAAUACCAUCAGCUUUCGAAACACGAACGAGGAUAUGGAGCAAAGUGUCACAUAUGCCAGAAAACGUUCGAGAGGCAAAAAUACCUUAUGGAGCAUGUCUUGAUUCACACUGGCGAGCUGCCUUAUCAAUGUAACAUUUGCGAGCAGCAUUUCCGCACUGCCGGGGAUCGUAAUAAGCACAUUCAGGGAGUUCAUGAAGGUAAAAAACCUUACAAGUGUAACAAGUGUCAACUUUCGUUCAAAUUAAAAAAUGAGGCCACUCAGCACCGAAAUAUAGUUCACCGGACGCAAUGCUGGCGUAAGCGUAGGUAUCACUGUCGUCUCUGUGCAGACGAAACGUCCAACGCGGUUGAGCUGCAAGAUCACAUUGGCAUGUAUCACUCGAACGAUGAUUACCCGUACGCGGUGUGCAACAUAUGUUCGCAAAACUUCCUUACCGACGCCGAGCGGAGGGUUCACCACCGUCACGAGCAUGAUGGAACGUAUCAGAAGGAUUUCAGUUGUGACCAAUGCGAGACCACGUUCCCGAAGAAAACGUCCUUGCAGGUGCACAUGGUGCGUCGUCAUGGGGCGGAGAAAAAACAUUGCUGUGAAUUAUGCGGCAAACGGUACAUCCUGCGAGGCAGUGUUUCGAAGCACAAAAAGUUGACCCACCGAGACCCAACGGAUCCGACGAAAUAUCGGUUCGAGUGUGAUUUCUGUGACGAGACGUUCGCGAUGAAAAGUGACAUGGUCGAUCAUUGGAGGAAAACUCACACUUAAUUGUAGGUGGCGGAACCCAAGAAUUUUUUUUUUCUACCACCAAACCUAUUUUACUACCCGAUUGAAAAUACAUAAAACUUCCCUCGAACCUGAGAAUACUUUUUUUUCUAAGCCCGAACCCGAGCGGGGUCCGAUAGAAAUUAAAAUAUCGUUACCCGAGAAUAAUAUCAUUCUAAAUUAUUAUUGAAUAAAUUGUAUAGGAAAGUGCUCGAAAAAUUGGCAUUAUUAACUGCAUAUUUCGAAACGAAGGUAGAUUUUAUGAAAAAAGAAGUAGAAAUUGCAUGUAUUCGCGACCAAUGAAUGAGAGAAAGCACUUCUGUUACUUUUGUAUAUGAAAUUUGGUCGCACCAUGUAUGUAUUAUUUACAUUUUUGAUUGACAUGGGGAGGCUGCUUUUGUUCCAAUUUUAUGUCAGAAUGGAUCAGUAUCUGAUUGGCUGAUUUUAAUGUUGCUAUCUUCACCCUUGUAAAAAGAAAAAAAUUCCGGGUACGCGAGUAAUUAUGCCAAGUAUAGAGAAAAUCAGAAAACAAGUUUAAUAAGAUGUAUAAUGUUUUUUCAACCUCAUCUAUAAUAGAUAUUUAUAGUGGCAGAGUGUGUGAUUAAAACCAGCAUCAAGCGUUUUUCUUUUUAGUGAAUCGAAGUGUUACCAAAAAAAGAUCUGUUGAAUUAUGUCGUUUUCGUUUGAUGGCAAACCUAACCCAGUUUCGAACCCAAUUGCUGUCAAACCGUUUGUGUGAAGUUAGUUUCGAAUCCAGUUUUAACGUCAUUGAACUGAAAAUCGAGUCAGUUUUGAACGUGAUUUUUUUAUCAGGUUUGCUCAAACCACCGUUGCUAAGUGCGAAGCCAACACAGUUUCGUGAAAAGUGUUUGUUUGAUGAAACUACGCUGAAUCAGUUUCAGUUUUCUCAAGCGAAAACGACAUUAGUGUUAAAGGACUAUUCACACGCUUAAUUUCCGUGACGGUUCCGUGAAAGUGCCUUUAGUGUGCCGUCAGUGUUCUUUUUUUAUCGGAACCCUUCCGUUCCGGCACAGCAAAUGCAAUGACAUACCGACUACAGUGAAAAUAAAAAAUAUCAGUGACGACGAAUUUGAGUUUUUCGGAUGGACGCUACACUGACGUCGAGUUGCAUUGAAACGGCACGGUGCCGGAGAGGUGUGAAUGGGCGCAUAGAAAACAAACGAAAUGACAUCAGUAGCCGUGCCGGCACUGAACCGGAUCGGAUAUGUGUGAAUAGUUCAUAAUUCAAAAAUCUGUUUACUUUUACGAUGAGAACGAAGUGUUGUUGUCACACUGAGCAUUUCUAUUUAAACUUGCUUAUUUCUGGUUUCCAAAAGAUCCGCUAAUACGUCAACAACGGGUUCGAAUAAUCAAAACAUUUUUCACGUUUAUUUCAAUUCAAAGACCGAGCCUAAAAAGUUUAAUUAAAUUAAUAUUUUUUCCUCAGCAUAAAAAGCUUUUAAAAUAAUAUGUAAAUAUGGCAACACUGUAGCCGAUACAUGAACACAAGGUUGUCACAUUUACAGAUUAAUCUACAUUUUAAAGAUUUUUCAGAUAAAUUUGUGACCAAGAUUCUGUAUAUGCAGAUUACAGAUUUUUGGCAAAAAAUACAGAUUUUUGAUAGCGUGGAUUAACAAUUGAAUAAAGAUCAAGUUAAAAUAUAUUAAAUAAUGGUAUUGGUUAUUUUUUCAAAGUGAAAACAUUAUCCUGAUUGUGUGUUAAUUCUUAAAAGACGAUAAAACUAAAUGUAAAAGACAGUAAACACAGAUGUUCUUUCUGCUAAUAAAGAUAUGUUUAUGCUUACUUUUAUUUACAACUAGUGUAGCGUAAUUGCUUAUGCUUUCAAAAAUUGCUUCUGAUAAGAUGAAAAGAUGAUGGCCUCGGCCAUAACGUAAGGUAGUAAAGAAGAAAGAUUGUCAAUUGAUCAAUCAGAUUAAGUUUCACGUUCAAAUUGGAUUUUGAAAGUUUUUCGUCAAAUCAUUAUUUCGAGAAACUCCAACGCAAAAACAACUUCCAGCGUUUUUUCAACUACAAAAUCAUAAAAUUCAGAAUAAGAAAACUUUUGGUUUCUUUAAAUUUGGGUUCGAAAGACUUUUUCAUUCCGUUGCGCUUCGAUUUCUUAUCACUUCUAUAUACAGAUUUUCAAUACAGGUUACACAGAUACAGAUUUACAGAUUUUUCUUCUGAAAAUGCAGAUUUAAAUGUGGCGAUGAACAGGCAGUUGGUAUUUAUUCAACUGGGCGAAGAUGACGAGAAUUCUGAUAAAAAAUCCUAUCCUCUCAUGUCGAGCGAAGUCGGUGCUUCAAGAAAAAAAAACGGACUUGAGUAUUUUUCCGUAUUGAAUCCCUACAUAGAUAAAAAAAAAGACAGUUUUGCGUCAAAAUCGUCGCACAACACAAGAAAAAAGACGAUAAUGUAACUCGUGGAUAAAGAAACCUAAAAUACUUGAAAAAACACUGAAAUGGGAGAUCCUACACAACGCGCUGUACUCUCCGGACUUUGUUCCAUCAGACUAUUGCUCUUACUAGAUCGAUGGCAAACGAGGGCUUCAGUUCUUAUGAAGAAUUGGAAAAGAAAAAAUUGAGUUAUUUGGAUUGGUUUGAAAACUGAGCAGUUUUCGGUUAAAAUUGCACUAAUUUACCAAAAAUUAACACGAUAAAGUUUUGAGCAUACCAGUUAACAUAUUCGAAACUAGAACUAGGGAAAAACACAAGUUGUAUUAUCAACUAAAAUUUAUUGCUGCACAAACUAAAACAUAAAAUAUAUCAUAUGAAUAAAAAUAAACUAUUUUUUUCACACCGGUUCCUUUCUUUUUUUUUUACCCCAGUGAAUUAUUGGUUAAACCACUGCUUAGACUCUAAUGCCGUACAUACAAAAAAUUACUUGUCCAACAAAUAAACCAACUCUGUUUUAUUCAACAUCUUCCAAGCGAACACUAUUGAUU